AAAUUUUCGAAUUUCUGGCGCCAAACCUCGGAGGGCAAAAAGUUUUACCAAGGUUUCUUCCUCAAGACCCCAACACACGUAAUUUUUAGCCCAAGAGAUACAAAGUGCUUAAACUUUUGAAGCAUUGAAAUGAAAUCAAAGCAAUCUACAAUUAGGGCUUUUGGUCAACGUUCUAUUGCUUCGACACACCUCUAUCGUUCUUCUAAUCCUUUUAAGAAUACUGAAGGAGAUGUUAAAAACAAAUUAGCUGCUCAGAAAGCAUCAACCGUAUCAUUGUCAGAUUUUCUUGACCGAAAGUUGCCCAAAAGUUCUGUGCUACCUAAAACAGUUCAGGGAAAGUCCAGUCCCUUUUCGACACCGGUGGGUCUGAGAAAUGCUGGUGAGAACACUGAUGGACAAAUGGGAAUUAAGAAAGAGGAGGAAGAAGAGGGAAAGAAUGUUCUUGAUAAAGAGGUUCUUGAACAGUUCAAGCAUACUGUUAGUGAAAAAGGAGAGGCCAUGUGCUCAUGCAGUGUUGGUGAAGUUGAAAUUUCUAAUGAAGAUAAUGUGAAAGAAUCGAAAAAGAGAAGGAACUCAUUUGAAGGUGCAGAAGAGAAGCAUACAACUAGAAAACCUUUUGUAGUUCUCGGAGAUGAUUCAAAGUGGAAGCAAAAAGGAAGGGGAAAGAGCUCAAUGAACAACAAGAAAGCAGUAGCUUCCUAUAACCACUCAGAUGCUAACGGCGGCGGCUGGUGGGACUGCAGCAUGGAAGGUGUUGAUGAUGAAGAAGUGGGCUUUGGUCAAGUGUGGGAAGGUGUUGGCUCUACCACAUUUGGGGGAAUAGAAUGGCACUGAUUUUUGUUAUCUAAUAAGUAUUUUGUGUACAUGAAAAUGCUUCUAGUUUUCAACUAAUUUCUGAUGGUGUUUUGAUAAUCUUGUGUAAAACAAUAGUGAUUGAAAAACCUUGUUACGAAAUUUAAAGAUGUUGCAACUGAGUUA